UCCCUUGCUCUUUCCUUUUCCUCCUCUUUUUUUCUUUUUUCGUUCAUAUUUUUAUCUACCCGUCUUUUUGACGACAGGUGGACGGAAACGGCGUUCUUGUUCUUCUUCUCCUGGAUUAAUUAUUACUAAACCGCCGGGUUGCGUUGUAUAUUGCGUUGCAACCUGUAGAUAUUAAUAUCGGCCUCGGGAAUGCGAACCUCCUUCUCCCAACUCCAUCCCAGAGCCAACGGGUCCUUGUCACUUCGUCAUUGACGUCUGCCCUCUGUUCCGAACCGACUCGAUCCGGCCGUGUGCGCGCGCGCGCAUAUUUUGAGGUGCGACUUGUCGUUGACCCGCGAGGUCAACAGGAGGAGGAUAGCCCCUGUUACCGGUGCAACGUGAGGGCGCUCUCCUGACACACUCAUCCGGCAAUGUAUCAGCAACGUCCGGUGCAGAGACCCCCGCCCGGCCGCCAGGAUAAUCGAUACCCUCAGGCUGAAGAUUGGCACUCCCAAGCGCAAGGUGGCUAUUACGACCAGGGCUACGACGAUCAUGCCUACGAUGAUCGCUACUACCAAUACGACGAUGAACGCUACGAUAAUGCUGGAUACGAUUCCUAUGACGGAUACGCGGGCUCAGCUCCCAGUGCACAAGCACCACCACCUCAGUCGCGUGUAUCCCCGCGCCGUGCCGGAUUUGGGCCGCCGACGAUGCGCCCGUAUGAGCAAGGUCCACCAAGUAAGGGACGUCCAGCCGGGAAUGGAUACGGCUCUGGCGACCGCAAUUUCUAUUCAAAUGAAGCUCCGAGACCACCGAAUAGUGCAGGGAAGAUGCGAGCGGACCUACCGCCUGUAAGGCAGAACCCACCUAGACAAGGUGAGUCGAAUUGAGAUAUUGACGGGCAUCCCAGUCGCUCCGCUAAUAAUAUCCGUUCAGGUGCGCGGCCACCCCCGUCGCCUGCGAAGGGUUCCUGGGAUAGCCCGUUUCCCGUUUUCCCCACUAAGCCAAAGGCAAGACCCCCUCCGCAAACUGGUCUUGAGACGGACAUGGCAGCAAUGAGCGUUCGUGACGUGCCGCCUGCCGUGAGGUCGCCCGGCCCACAGACUCCAAGGGAACAGACUGCCUAUCGUCCUAUGGCAGGCCCGCCCACCAGACCAAUGGGACCGGAGGGCCCUGGUAGACCCCUGAGGUCGGCCAGCGGAAGACAACCCGCAGUCAGGCCUCCGUCUGACAACGGAGCGUAUGGUCGCCAUCCUGGUCCUCCGCAGCGAUCUUAUACAUUUGCUAGUGAACCAGAACCGCCGCCGCCCGUGCAGCACAUUGUGAGAAGUGCGACUGUGCCAGUUACGUCGUCUCCCCCGAUAUCGCCCACCACGAGCGGACCUAUGUACCCUUGGCAAGCUACCUACCAGGAACCCCCGCUGUCUCCAGCAGCGUCGGGUUACACCGCCGCUCCGCCGCGACCUAGUACGGCUGGUAGCUUUAGGCCCGCUGUAAGACAACCGGUAAUGGACGUCGGUGCUGCGGGACAAGCCCAGAUCGUCACGGCAGAGCGACUCUCUGACUCUCAGCAUUAUGGUGCACAUGCUGUUUUCGACAACUAUUAUGACUCGUCGAGCGCCGGAGAGCCAGAGAUGCCGAAUUUCGACGCCAUGCCGGAUAACAAUUCGGGGAUGGCUGUCGAUGAAAGUCUACCAGGAUUGGAACCACCGAAGCCUAAAAUGCCGGCCUCUUCGUCGGGUGGCCAGUACGCGGCGUAUAAACCUGAUUUCAUACACCAACCGCAGCAUGCCAAAUCCCAGCCGAACCUCAGGGCCGCAGCAGUUAAUGACAUUGACAAUGGUUUUGAGUUUGGAUUUGCCAAUGACGCGCCCCCAGUUCCUCCGGUGACUAGAGCGUAUGCCCCAAGCAAUCCGCCGAACCUUUAUGAAGAACCGAUGCGGAUGCAGUACCCGCAGCGUCACGCGAGCCGCGGGCCUGCAGGCCCUAUAGCUGGUGGCUAUCCUCCGCGAGGGCCCACGCCGCAGCAGUAUAGUAGCAAUGUUCCUCCAAGGCCGUAUCGUGUUAACACGCCAGCCCUGCCGACACCUAUCGAGCUUUCAGAUCCACAACAAAAGCCUUCAAGCCUUUCCCGUCACCCGGCACCAUUCCGACCUGGGCUUGUCGGAGCUGGCUCUGCCACUGCCGCAGUCACUCCUGCUUCUACUGCUGCCCCUACACCUGUGCGACAAUUAUCUAAGCCGCUUGCCGCUCCACAAAGUGCCCCGGUAGUUAGCCCAUCUUCAAAGCCGGUCACUCAUGAGGAAAUUCGACGUCUACAGGACAAGGCCAAGAGCAACCCAAAGGAUCCUCAGGUCCAGCUUCUUCUUGCGAAGAAACUAGCCGAGGCUGCUACAGUCCUCUUCGGGGAUGAGAGCAGGAUGGACAUCAAGGCAAGGGCCAAAGCCCGAGAGAAGUACACCACCGAUGCCCAUAAGAUGGUCAAGCGGCUCGCACACAAUGGCUACCCGGAAGCGCAAUUCUACCUGGCUGACUGCUAUGGUCAGGGCACAUUGGGCCUGCAGCCUGACCCCAAGGAAGCAUUCCAUCUGUAUCAUUCCGCUGCGAAACAAGGCCAUGCAAAUUCCGCAUAUCGCGUUGCCGUGUGCUAUGAGAUUGGCCAGGAAGAAGGAGGCGGCACCAAGCGGGAUCCAUUCAAAGCAGUUCAGUGGUACAAGCGCUCUGCAUCGUUGGGCUAUCCACCAGCCAUGUACAAGAUGGGCAUGAUCUUACUCAAAGGUCUACUGGGGCAAGCCCGAACCCCGCGUGAAGGCGUUUCCUGGUUGAAGCGCGCUGCGGACAAGGCUGAUGCGGAGAACCCGCAUGCCCUUCAUGAACUAGCACUUAUGCACGAGAGUUCCCAGCCGAACAAUGUCGUCAUUCACGACGAGGAAUACGCUAGGCAGCUCUUCCAGCAAGCCGCAGAGCUGGGGUACAAAUUCUCCCAGUUCCGUCUCGGCGCUGCCUACGAACACGGUCUUAUGGGGUGCCCCAUUGACCAACGCCAGAGUAUCUUCUGGUACUCCCGCGCCGCCGCACAGGGCGAACAUCAAAGCGAACUCGCCCUCAGCGGCUGGUACCUCACCGGUGCAGAAGGGAUUCUGCAACAGAGCGACACAGAGGCCUACCUCUGGGCUCGUAAAGCAGCGACUGCGGGUAUUCCCAAGGCCGAAUACGCCAUGGGCUACUUCACGGAAGUUGGGAUUGGGGUAUCUCCUAAUUUGGAGGACGCUAAGAGAUGGUAUUGGCGCGCAGCUGGUAAGGUUUUUCAACAAACUCUAUUCUCCAAUCCCUUCUUCUCGAAUACGAUGCUGACUCCCCACAGCGCAGGGAUACCCCAAGGCCCGUGAACGUCUCGAAGACCUGAAGAAGGGCGGUGGUCGGAUGCAAAAGACGCGUGUUUCUCGCUCUGCUGUUGACCGGCAGAACGAAGGUGAUUGCGUUGUUAUGUAAUUUUUCUGUUAUUUUUUUAUUUUUAUUUUUAUUUUUAUUUCCCCAGAUACAGAUACUUUUUCUUCUUCUCGACCGAUGGCCUCAUUUCGAUAUGAUCUGCACUGCAUCUUGAUUCAGUAAUGAGGGAUGGGCCCGUGCUCUUUUUCUUGGCCUUGAGUUGGAUAGGAACCGGGGGUGGCAUGGCAUGACCGGAGGCUGUAAUGAAUGGGCAAUGGCAUCUUGGGGGAUAAAGGGACGGGGACAGGCAGUCAAUAAUGAAGAAGAUACCCGAACUGCAUGCGGACUUGAAUGCGUU